AUGGUGCGCUACUCUCUGGAUCCAGACAAUCCCACGAAAUGUGAGUUUUCAUCUUUUUUUUCUUCUGCAGCAUGCAAAUCACGGGGAUCCAACCUGCGAGUGCAUUUCAAGAACACUCGAGAAACUGCCCAGGCCAUCAAGGGCAUGCACAUCCGCAAGGCCACCAAGUACUUAAAGGACAUCACCUUGAAGAAGCAAUGUGUUCCCUUCCAGCGCUACAACGGGGGAGUUGGUAGAUGCGCCCAGGCCAAGCAGUGGGGCUGGACGCAGGGACGCUGGCCCAAGAAGAGUGCAGAGUUCUUGCUGCACAUGCUCAAAAAUGCAGAGAGCAAUGCUGAGCUCAAGGGUCUUGAUGUGGAUUCUCUGGUCAUUGAGCACAUCCAGGUCAACAAGGCUCCCAAAAUGCGCCGACGCACCUACAGAGCACAUGGUAGGAUCAACCCCUACAUGAGCUCCCCCUGCCAUAUCGAGAUGAUCCUCACUGAGAAGGAGCAGAUCGUUCCCAAGCCAGAGGAGGAAGUUGCUCAAAAGAAAAAGAUAUCCCAGAAGAAGCUGAAGAAGCAAAAGCUAAUGGCCCGGGAUUAA